AGGAGUUUGUGUGCUUGGAGGGAAUUUUAACGAAAAUAGUCGUCUUUUCCUCGAGAGCUAAGAUUACUUGGAUAAACAACCGGUCAAAACAAUAGCGGUACAUCUCUUACACAACUAAGGAUACAACACAACGACUGUUGGCUAACUGCACAUGCAAACGUAAUUUAAUGAGUGCAGUUGAAUAUGUUUCUGCAAGUCAGUCGUAGCAUUCUUAGCUCGCCUCGAUGAAAGGUUAUCCGUAGCUUGCCGCAUGGGCUCUCAACGAUGGGCUAAUUCGGAAUAUGCAGAUACUCGACCGUAGACAUUUAACACUGGGAUAAACGUUGGUCAUGGAUCGAAAGAAGAGGAGGCUCGAAAGUCAACUGUGUAAAGCUGUGAAGGAUGGAGAACCGAGAGCUGUGCUGCUGCUUCUUUCACAAGGUGCAUGCCCCCACCUGGUGGGCAGUAAAGGGGUGGCUGCGAUACAUUUGGCUGCUGGCAAAGAGACUGAGAAGAACACGCGCUGUUUGAAAAUGUUGCUGCAAUAUGGAGCGGACCCCAAUAUCAGGUCAUCAGAAGGCCUGACUCCUCUUCACAUUGCUGCACUGUGGGGAUGUUAUCAAAAUCUGAAGCUGCUCUUGAUGAAUGGAGGGAACCCAAACAUUAAACAUAACGAAGGGGAUACACCAGGGCAGCUUGCAGAGCAACAGGAGAAUCGAAAAUGUGCCCAGCUCCUUCAGGAGUACCAGUUUAGCUCGGUGGACACGGAGGAAGACGAGUCACCUCAAUUCCAAUACUCUGUGUAUUCAGACCAAACGGACACGUCCAGCUAUCCUGAAUCAGACAGCAGCUUCAGUUCCCACUCUUCUAUGAUAAGUGACUUUGGUGAAGCCCCAUUGAGCAGCACAAGGCGCUCAUCAUUUUUCAACCUAUCUAACAUUAACGGAAGGCCAGAUUGCAGAGGAAUGUCAUAUAACGGGCUUUGUGACAUGGACACUAAGAGGCAUAACAGCCAGUACUGGAACAAUGCCGCCUCACAUUGUGCAUCUGAAGGUCCCUCCAUACUAUCGAGCACUCGCAUGUCUGCAGUGGGACCUGCAGCUGCAACCGAUUGCAGAAUCUCCCCCUCUAGAAGAGACACUCUCCCAUCAUUUCACUUGCUGCGAGCGAGUCGCAAGAGCGUGAGCUUCAGAAAUGUCGAUGAAUAUUUCCCUGUUUUUAAUUCUGAAUCUCCCACACAGCCGCCCGGUGUUGAUGGCAGCCCGUGCACCAGCGACUUACCUUUUGACAUGUGCGAGUACUCUGACUUCCUGGAUUCAGAACGCAUGGCCACCGUUUUACACAAGCAGGGCAUCGACGUCACAUCGCCAGAUCACGUUUAUGUUUUUUGCAGGGAGAGCAGUGAAAGCACAGAGGAGGACAUGGAGAAAACGGUCGUCAGUCACUGUGCUUUGACAGAGAGUGAUGAUGAACAGGAGGGUGAAUGUGUGAAAGAGGCUCAGGGGAAUAUACCAGAACAGCCAGUCCUUUCCCAUGUUGACGUGAGCAGCAGUGGGUCUGGUAGUAGUCAUUACAGUAGCUGUGAGAGCGACCAUUACACCAGUACACUGGAUGCUUCUGUACACCCCAGACAUCUUUUACUAAAGGGGGGUUCUCUUGCGGCUGAAUCCAACGAAAAGAUUCCGAUUUCUACAGACUCUGAUUCUAAAUUUGCAGGGCAAGACUUGAAUCUACCACCUGUUCAAACAGAACCCCAGAUGGAUUCAAAACUUGAAACUAAAGUGCAUGUACAAGGUAUGUGUGAUCAACUGGUGUUGUCUGAAGCACACCCAAACGAUGACUUGUUUGAACCUUGUAGUAGGCCUGUUCUUGACACUUCAAGUGAGUGUGGCGUUGGUCAGCCGGUGGCAGACACCCCGUUGAAUGAUGCAGCCGAGGCGCUACAGGAAAACGUCGACCUUGCAGUCACACUAAGUCCUUUUGUAACAGGCAGGACUCGCUCGAGGUUGAGUCGCUGCUCACUGAGAACGAGCAGACCCUCCGAGAGCCUCCACAUCGCGUCUUCUUUGUUUGAAGUGACCCUCCCCACACCAGUCCGAACACGCCGCCAGACGCCCAGAACUCAGAGCCGUGCAGACCUUUACAGUUCACCACAUGCACAUUGUUAUACGCCGUCCUAUUCGGGGAACGACGCGGUAGGAGGAGUCAAGUUUUCUGCUGAUUGCACGGACACACAGUCCAGCACCCUCGGAGCUGGUUCAAGUGUUAGCGAUAGCCAAGCUGACACGCUCGUCCUCUCCAACAGCGUAACGGACUCUGCCUCUCAAUCGCAGACUUUGUCCGACACAGUCAUACUGGAGGAAAACCAGGACUCUUCAAUGGAUGCUUAUGAAAGAAACCUUGCAGAGGUGAUACUGGCCAUGCAAGGCCAUGAUCUUGCUGAAGGCAGGGAUGUACUGACCGAUGAUCUGACAAGCACAGAUGAGGCAACAACAAAGAAUCACGUAAAUGAUGCUCCCUGUGAGGACAAAUUAGAUAGCCUAAAAAAAGAAGAUGUCUGGAUCACUGAGGACUGCAGCUCAUCUUCAUCCAGCUCCACCUAUUUUUCCCCACGGAAGUCCAGGGAAGAUUCCGACCUACCUUGCACUCCAGGCACCGGAUGCACCCCCAGGUACAGCAUGAGCCGACUGUCGAGCUGCCGCAGGCCUCAGCACCUGGCUAACCUGUCUUACACCCCCGGAGGGCGUCCGCUCAUUCACGACCCGGACGAACCGGUGGAGUACCUCUACACCGAUUCGGAACAGGGCCACAAGCUGAUCGAGACCCACGUCCCGCCUACAGCAAACACCUCGCUCAGCUCCAGCAUGAGUACUAGUAGCGGCGGCGAGGAGACCGUCCUCUAUGAUUGGCGCUCCAUGCAGAGUGACACGGUCGACGGCGGAAAGGAGAACCAGACGCCCCAGAUGGUGCCACAGAAGGAGGAAAAUGCCGAGGACAGGCUGUUGGCAGAGACAAAAGGGAUGACGGACAAGGAGCUGAGAUUGAGGCUGCUAGAGCUGGGGGAGAGCCCGGGCCCUAUCGGCCGCCGUACCAGGCCCGUUUACAUGCGGCGGCUGUGUUGCCUGUUGCAGGAGUCAAACUCCCAAUCGCCACAUCCCCAGAGGCAGUUAGACCAGCCACAAACGGAUUUAGGUUAUAGUCCAGAAUUGUGUCGGGCCCUGCGGACCUUCGAGCUGCCUGAUUGCAAGGCUGACGAGCAAGCUUUGUGCCAGCAGUUUGACCAACCGGAUCAAAACAGGAAGUGGAGGGAGGGCAUCAUCAAGUCCAGUUUCAACUACCUGCUGCUCGACCCGAGAGUGACGAAAAACCUCCCGUUCCGCAGUCACACCAUGACUCCACAGGAGUGUUUCCAGACAUUUAUCCACGCUAUAUUUUACGUGGGCAAAGGGAAACGCUCCCGGCCCUACAGCCACCUGUAUGAGGCUUUAGAGUACUUCAAAGGAGACAAGACUUCCAAGAAAUUGUGCACCAAAGUGCAGCAUAUCCUUCAGGUGUGGAAUGCCGAGCAGGGCGUCAUCUCUCUGCAUUGUUUCCAGAAUGUCAUUCCAGUGGAGGCUUUCACAAGAGAGGCCUGCAUGGUGGAGGCCAUCGGAUUGAAGAUGCUCACCAAUCAGAAGCGAGGGGAUUUCUAUGGCGUGGUGUCCAACUGGCAGGUGAAGAAGAAGCGGGACCUCGGCGUCCACCUGCUCUACCGGGCCAUGCAGAUCUUUCUGGCUGAGGGUGAGAGACAGCUCAGACCGGCAGACAUCAGACAGUAGUGACUCCCACUGGAGGGGGGUAUGAACAGCAGCACAAAGGAGGUCAUACCACUAGUUCAGGGUUACAAAGUAAUUCUUCUUUGUUGCACUAGGUGGGGUUUACAAAAUCCAGCUCUCUGGAGCUGUUACCCGCAGUGUAAUUGUCUUUCUGCUAUAAAUGAACUGUGUAAAUUACUCAGGGAUUAAGAUCAUCUUUCUUCUUUUCCAUUUUAAAGUAAAUCCAUUUUUUAUAACGUGGUAAUAUCAAAACUGCCUGAUUUCUUUGGAGAUGGAUUUCUUCAUUACAUUGCUUUUAAUCAUCUGCCCAGAUGUGACACGAAUAUUGAUUCCUCAAAAAAACUUAAGGGUGGAAUAAUAUGGCAAAAUAUAUGGAUUGAUGAACAUGAACACAAUCAAAAUUGGUAGACUGCAGGUCUUUCAAAAGUCACAGCAAAUAAGCAUGAUAAAGUUAGUUCCCAAAAACAUUCUUCCCAGACAGACACUUGGUUCUCUGUGGCACUAAAGACGGAUUCAAAUUGUUCCACAACACAUUCAAAGGCCUUUCAGUAUCAUCAAAUCAGCUUGUGUCACAAAAAAAGCAAAACAAGCUGGGAGGGUGUUAUUUAGAAAGUAAGCAGAGGCUGGUAACUGGUUCUUAGUAUUAUAAUUUUGUGUAUAGUGUAUAGUUUUAGAAACUUAAUGUGUAAAAUGUGAUAUUUGCUUACAUGGCUGGCUUUCCAUUUAUUUUGUUGUGCUAUUUUCUUUUAUUGUUAAAAGCCAAUGAUAUGAUAGUGUCUAAUAGUGAUAGUUGUCUGUGUGUAUACAUUUCUUUUAGAUGUGUCAUUACAAUGAGCUCUGUAGAACCGCAUGGUUAAGUUUGUCGGUAGUACAGCAGCACUUACCAUGUUAAAAUGGGUAGACUGGCCAAGUUGGUAGCAGAACUAGUUUGUAUUAGUCACACAUCAUUGGGUUACAGACGUUAUUUGAUGACAUAAUCUAUAUCAGGUUGUUACUUAGUUAAAUCAAUGCCAAAUAGAAGUUUUCUGAAAAAUUGUCUCCCCAUGUCAUGUCAUGGUCUACCAAUUUAUGUUCAUGGUCAGCGGGCUUCAAAAUCAUUUAUCAUCUCCCCAGGGUAAUGCACUUGAUCAAUUAUCUGGAGGCUGCACAUAUUCUUUAUUUCACACAAAAUGCAUCAAUAUUAACUGUUCAAAACAUAAUUUUGUGUUUUAGAAAUAUCGUUUUUUACAUCCUUAUCCCCAGUUUCAAGAAAAUCAAAGCAUGAAAUCAGCGAGUAAAACACCUGAUCUGUGACAUUUACUUUUAAUUAUGAAAUGAAUUGCAUUGAAUUUUAUUUGUCAAACAUACAUGUAUCAUUCAUGUGUACAUCAUUUAUGCAUACAUGUUAUGGAUUGCUCUCUUUUCAUUAUGAUCAUUAACUGCUGUACUUCCUUGACCUGUUUUUUUGGAUUUGUGUAAAUCUAGUAAAAAGAAAAAUACAUAUUAUGACAUAAACCUGAACUGGUUGAA